UCACUAACUGGGAGUGAAAUAAAUAGCGCUCGGCUCAUUGUAAGGCUCCUGAAAUGAAUGUGUGCAGAGACCUAAGCUAGGUCCCUCUCCCCAGUGCAGGAGGAGUGUCAGUCACUGGAGAUCUCUGUCUCUUUCUCCCUGGUUUUCACCAUUAGCUCUACUGGGGCCAGGUCAAGUGAAGCUGUCCAAGUUCUUGACAGUCCCUGCAGGUGAAGACGGGGUCUGCUUGCAACAGAAGAGAAAGAGAGCAAGGAGGUGCGAUUUUCAUUCCCAUUGCAUCAGUUGCCCAUGGAAAAAUAGCCUGUCAGGCCAUCAUCUGGAAGACGUGGCAAGGGGCACCAUGAGCAGCAAUGAGAAGCAAAUGGACCCUGACUCAUCCCCUCUGCCUGAGCCACCAAAGAGGAAGAGGGGAAGACCAAAGAAGCAGCCACAGGAGCUUCUGGGACCUUUGCCCCUAAAGAAACCACGAGGAAGGCCAAAAGGAAGCAAAAAACUGAGUGCCAGUGGUGGGCAGACGGUAGAAUCUUCAGCUGAGAAAAGACCAAGAGGGAGACCCCGAAAGUGGCCUCAGCUACUGGUCCAGGAGAAAGAAACCCAGGAAGGAUAUCUCCAAGAGAGCAGUGACCUGAAUUCGAUUUCACCGCCUGCCACAGGAGGCGCUCCUGGAAAAGAUUCUCAUAGGACGGGCAGGACUACAGGCCUCAGGAGAUCUCUGAGCACCACCCCAGCUGCACCACAGUAGCACCCUGCCUGCUGAUGUCGUACUGAAGCCACAAGGAUUAGGAAAACCAACCAACCAACCAAUCAACCAAUCUUAAUUUCACACUUAAAAUUCUCCCCCCACCAUAACUUUGGCAAAGCCUGAGCCCCUGCUGCCCUCCUGCUCACCCCAGACAGCAAUCUCCGGCAUGACAGCCAGAAAGCUGUAUUGCAAGGGUGGUCAACCUGAGCCUGAGAAGGAGCCAGAAUUUACCAAUGGAAAUUGCCAAAGAGUCACAGUAAUACAUCAU